AUGGCGGUCGUCGCGCGCGCGAAUGGUGGCUUAGACGCCAUCGUCGUCGUAGCGGGCGGAAUCGAAGACGAUGGGACGCUGCCGGCGUGGGUGACGCCGCGAUUGGAUUACGCGGCGACGGCGUACGCGAACGCGACGGCGGACGCCAAGCCGCGGAUCCUGCUUUCAGGAUCGAUGACGCCGCAUAAACCGCCGCCGAUGGCGAAAGGUGGGUUUAAUCUUCACGAGUCGACGUCUAUGGCGUCGUAUUUAAUGGAUAAGGGCGUGCCCGCGGAUUCGAUGCUGAAGGAUACGGCGUCUAUGGAUACCAUCGGCAACGCGUACUAUUCUUUGUGCUUGCACGCGAUUCCGCGCGCGUGGACGCGCGUGGAGGUGGUGACGAGUGCGUUUCACAUGGAACGCACGCGCGCGGCGUUCGAGUGGGUGUGGGGUCUCGCCCCGCACGGGGUUGUGGACAUGCGGUUCGUGAGCACGGAGGACGCCGGCGUUUCGGAAUCCGCCUUGCGUGCUCGCGCGAAGCGCGAGGCCGCGUCGGCGGCGGCGUUACGGGACAACGCGUCUAGGAUAACUACCAUGGAGGCGUUUUCGGAGUGGUUAUUCACCACGCACAAGUGUUACGCCGUCUCUCGCCAACACGAGAUUGGUAUAUUCGACGAGUUAGAUGAAGAAUCGCGCAAGUCGUAUUGA